AUGAAGGAUCUGGGCGACCUCCACUACUUCCUCGGGAUGCAGGUCACCCGCACGCCUCGUGGCUUCUUCCUGAGCCAGCAACGGUACGCCGAGGACGUUCUGGAGCGCGCCGGCAUGACAAAGUGCAAGCCGGCCUCCACGCCGAUCGACACCCACAGCAAGCUGUCUUCCCAAGAUGGGGCUCCUCUGGACGACUGCUCGUCUUACCGCAGCUUGCAAGCGUGCCUCCACAUGCACGAGCCACGGGAUGCUCGCCUUGCCUUGGUGAAGCGGAUUUUGCGCUACAUUCGUGGCACCACGCACCUGGGUCUACAUCUGGCGGCUUCCUCGACGACCGACGUCAUGGCGUACUCCCACGCAGACUGGGCAGGUUGCCCGGACACCCGCCGGUCGACUUCCGGCUACCGCGUCUACAUCGGCGACUCUGUGAUCUCGUGGUCAUCCAAGAGACAGCCCACUGUAUCUCGUUCAAGCGCCGAGGCGGAGUAUCGGGCUAUUGCCAACGCAGUCGCCGAAUGCGCUGCUGGAUCCGCGAGCUGCUGCGAGAGCUUGGCUGCCACAUUCCAAAGGCCACCGUACUGGUGUGCUGUGACAAUGUGUCAGCAGUGUACAUGUAUGCUAAGACUGAGGCGGAGUGUUGGAGCAUGCGAUGACACCAGCUUGUAUAGCAGUUCAUAG